GGAACCCAGUCGUCGCCGGGACACGGAGCAGAGCAGCAGCACAGCACCCGCUGCCAUGGCGACCUCUUGGACACCCCUGCUUCUGCUCGCCGCGCUGACGACCCUGCCGAAUGACUCGGCGGGACAAGAAGCCGACAACGGCUUCUACGGCAAGUACAUCGGCAAGCUGAAGUCGUACCACCACGGCGUCUCGGGAGACGUGUUCGCCGUCGACUCCAGGACGCUGCACAUCCGGGACUUCACGUACGACGGCGAGGGACCCGCGGCCUACUUCUACGUGGGCUCCACCAAGGCCCCGGGUCCGGACGGAGUGAGGAUCCCCGACGAGAAAGGAUCGGACCAGCCGCUGCCGCGCUACGUGGGUAAGCACGUCACGCUCACCCUGCCAGAGUCCAGCAGCCUCAGCAGCAUCAAGUGGUUCUCCGUGUGGUGCGACGAGUUCUCGGUGAACUUCGGCGACGUGCGCAUCCCCAAGAGCCUGGACUACCCGCGGCCGCAGAAGAUCCAGGGUCUGAGCGGGGUCCACGGGGUGUCCUCCGACUCCAUCGUCAUCGUGGAUGCGCAGACGCUGCUCAUCCCCAACUUCUCCUACGACGGCGAGGCGCCAGACGCCAAGUUCUGGGUGGGACGCGGCGCCAAGCCGGGCCCCCAGGGGGUGCGCGUGCCCGACGAAAACGGCCAGGAGGAACCGCUGCGGCGCUACGACCGCAAGACCAUCGUGCUCACCUUGCCCGGCGACCUCACCGUCCUCGACAUCGGCCACUUCGGCGUGUGGUGCGAGGCGUUCGCCGUGGACUUCGGCCACGUGCGGCUGCCGGCGCGCGCGCUCAACGUGCCGCCCUCGCUGCGCAUGCUGGGAGUGUCGCCGCAGUCCAAGCUGAACUGCGAGGUGCUGCACGACGACCUGGCCCUGGAGGUGCGCUGGGCCGUGGCGGGGGACAGCAUCGUGAUGCAGCUCGUCGGCCGUCUGGCCGCCGGCGAGUACAUGGCGUUCGGGCCGUCGGGGGAGGACCUGGCGAGCCGCAUGAUCGGCGGCGACGUGGUGGUCGCCUGGGUGGACCACGCCUCGCUCAAGGGCUACGCCGUCGACUACCUCCUGGACGCCAAGUCGCAGUGCUCCGGCUCGCGCGGCAGCUGCCCCGACGUCAGGAUCAGGGAGGGCACGAACAGCGUGGAGAUGCUGAACUCCGCCAUGGUGAACGGCUACUCGAUAGUGACGUACCAGCGCCCGCUGGCGGCCCAGGACGAGCUGGACAGGCCGGUGCUGACCAACGGCAGCCAGGCGGUGAUCUGGGCCGUCGGGCCUCUCAACUCGCGGCAGGAGGUCUCCUACCACAGCAUCACAAGCAAAGGCGACCUGCUGCUGGACUUCGGGCGCGCCCCCAAGUGGAACUGCCCGCUGCCCGAGAUGGAGACCCCGCGGAGGUUCCAGGCCAAGUCCCGGGAGCACCCCGCUGCCCUGCGCGCCCAGCAUGAUGACCACCAGGCCGCCCCCCGCACCACGGCGAGGCCCGCCACGAGGCGCCCGCCCGCCACGCCGGCGCCCGCCCCCACCAGGGACGCCUGGGACAUCCCGCCCAUCCAGUGCCACGAGCCGGAGGACGGGGUCUUCUACGCGCAGAUGGGGCCAACGGGGGGCAAGCACGGCUACCCGGCCAUCACCGGUCACGUCGGCUGGGGCAUUUCCUGGUACAUAAACGGCCUCCUGAUCCCGGAGAUAGACGUGGUGCGCGGCAAGACCUACACGUUCGUGGUGGAAGGCGGUCUGGACCCCGAGGUGCCGGCCCGCUACCAUCCCUUCUACAUCACGGACGACCCCGUCGGCGGCUACGAGCACAAGACGCCCGAAGAGCGAGCGGAGGUGCAGGUGUUCGCCGGGGUGCGCCAGACGCGCCGGGGCCCAAUCCCCACGGGCACGGGCCGCCUCUGCAACUGGACGCCCGACCAGCAGCAGCCGCCCGCCGACGAGUUCGCGUCGUUCGGCGCGUACCAGCGCACGCUGAGCCUGGAGUGCGACGAGGGCGAGCCCGGCGUGGUGCAGUGGACCCCGGACCGCGACACGCCCGACACCGUGUACUACCAGUGCUACACGCAUCGGUACCUCGGAUGGAAGAUCAACGUCCUGGACAGCUGCGACUACUCGGGAGCCGCCAGCGAGCUGGUGUCGUCGCGGGUCCCGGCCGAGGACGACCUCGAAGGGGGCGACGAGGACCUCCAGUCCCGACCCAGCAUCCGCGUCACCACCCGCGUCAAGCCGAACGGACUGUUUCCCGACACCAAAAAUCACGCAAGCGCCACCGACGGUCUCGAAGACAGCUACCUGAAAGGAUUCCCGCGGUCGAGUGAGCUCCAUCCGAACAGCCCCCAGGACUUUUACAUAUCCAAGAGCAUGAAACCGGUGAGAGGCAACAUCGAACCCGAGGAUCAGCAGUAUGAAGGCCAUAUCAGCAGCGACCCCCACGUACCGCCACCGGCACAGCAGAAGGAACCCCAGGGAAUAGCGUACAACAGCAGCGCCACCAUCUACCACCUUCCGCAGGCCACGGAGGCAAGCCGAGACGGCAGCAGCUUCCUCAAACAAACGGCUGGUGUGAUGAGCAAACCCGGGACUCACAAAGUCACUUCCGAAUCGCCUAGGACUUCACCGGCAUCCCCCCAGCACGUUCAGAUGAACAACUCGCUCAGUACCAUCGAUCCCAAGCGCAAGCCCAUCGUGCAUGCUACCACGCCUUACUCUGUACUCCCAUCAAGCGAAAGUAUUGCAAAUCCUGUAAAUCGAACAGAACAGAAGCUCGACGCUGAUAAACUUCAGCUGGCCGAGGAAUCUCAGCAGUCGGUGGUGACAGUAAAUAGCAAUGGGAUCAGCCCCAAAAAUGAGACCAAAGAUCCGAAGCCGCUGAAGAGCAUGACAAGUGAUUUGACGCCGCCGCCUUUGGGCAACUCGUUCGGCAGUCCACCUUUCAUUCGUGGAUCGCCACUGCAGAACUUUGGCAUCACACGGAUACCGCAGCCGAUUCCGAUGCAUCCCCAGAUGCCAUUUCAGAGGCCAGCUCAUAUUUACAAUGGGCCACAUUUUCGUCGCCCUGUGCCCCCUCGGAGUCACCCAAGGCCCUUGCCUUCUGCUGCCAUGUACAGACCACACUAUGUGCCAGCACCUAUUGCCGGCUUCAAAACAAAUCUCAAGAAGCCCUUCCACAGGGCACCAGUCGUCAUGGCCAGUUCCCAUCAUCCCGUAAUAGUCACACCAUCAUUGGCCUAUCAUCCACUAAUGUCGAACUUGCCUCAUCGCGGUCCGUAUCAGCAACAGCUCAUGAGCACAGUCAAGUAUUUCCCGUACUCCCUACCGAAUCCCCACAUCAUGAAUCCCCACCAGGUACCGCCAGUUCCACUUACAACUGAAGCGGUAGCAGGAAGCAUCUCUACCACAACUAUGGUGCCAUCGCCAGACACUUCUGUAAGCAAAGUUAAAUCGGUAACUUCCGAUAAUCAAACUUCAGCCGUUAAUCCAGACCCAUCUGCUUCCAUUUUAAGAGAUCGUGGCAGCUUUGACAUCCAACUCCCAGUAGCUCAGAAUACAGGAUUUCACCCAGAAUCGGUUAUCGUCGAAGGUGGUUUCAAACCGUUGGUAAACAAAAAAGUUAUAGCUGAAGAUAGGUUGUCUCUGGUAGAUGAAGAGAAAGUAGAUGUAAAACCAGAGGAUGGCGAAGACACCGCGGUACACGAACGGAAAGAAAAUCCUUUUGAAGGCCAGCAACCAGAAACGUUCGAACCGAUGUUUAUCCCAUCCCCGCCCGACAAGAUCACAGGACAAAAGAAUGGCAGCGAGAAGCUUACCAAGAACCCUCUCACCUUGGCAGAUGAGCUGGUGCCGCCCACACCAGGUGUGGACCACGGGCUCAGCGCUCAGCCGGCACGGAAGUCUCCACCACCUCACAUCGUCAGGAACCAGUUCGACGGGGCCCGGAGGCCCAUGCAUGGCCACAAAGUGAUCGUGCACUACCACCACCUGCCCGCGAGGAGCGGCUCGCCGUCCUUCAGGUACCAGCAGGCCUCGCAGCAGGACGACGAAACUGCGAUGGCGGCAGAACGCAUGGACAUAUACUACCUUCCCCCGGACGACUUCGAGCCUGAAGACAGGCAGCAGCCACCCCCUCCUGUGGACGGGGACCUACCCCCGGGGGCUGUCGUCGCGUACGACGGCAGGCCAGUCAUCGACUCCUCCCUAGCAUCCUCGAUACCGGAUCGUUCGAUAGUCGCUUCAAUGCAGACGCAGACUGGGUCUGCAAGCCUCCUCCAGAGGACGCCCCAGUUCGGCCCGUACCUCGGGGAGGUCCCGCCGCCGGUCCCGGGCGACCUCCGCCCUGAGAGCAUCCCCCAGCUACAGAACCAGAGGCCGUCAAGCCUGAACCCUGCAGGCCUCACGGGCGAUAUCCGCCCCGUCCACGGUCAGCGAACCCAGCUCUUGCCGGUCGCCCAGUUCGAAGAGCGUGGUGAGACCGCGGACAUGCUUCUUCCCGAAGCCACAGACAUCAAAGAGUCGCGAAUCCCUUCGGAGGUGGGAGCUGAAACUCCGUCUAUGUACACCAGCACUGCAACAACUGCCGCUCUCCCGAGCUCGCGAAUCUCCGAUGAUACGUCAGGAGCCACUGCUUUGCAAGAGGAAAUCGGUAGGGUUCGGCGGUCGGCCUCCGCCCACCAUAGUCCGGAGCACGACGCAGAGCACGAGCAUGACCAUCAGCAUGGUGACCAUGAUCACCAUCACCACCAGCACCCCGAGAGCCACGACCAACCCAUCAGCAACGACCUUCAAACUAACCACAAGCUGAUGACUGCACCCACACACCCUGCAAACGGAGCACUGAAACAAUACUCCAUACCGUCGGUCAUUUUGAUGGCCUUACUCACAAGUGCAGUUUUGAAGUUCCUAGAGGGAGUAGCACAAUAACAGCAACUCAUCCAACAUACAGCUCAAUUACGUGCAAAUAUCUGUGUCACAAAGUUGGAAAAUACAUAUACAUAUGGCCCACUGAUGAUUUUCAUGGUGUGUUACCUAGUUGAACAUUUAAAAAUUAUUUAUUUUCCAGUCACAUGAAAGUGUUAUAAAUAAUAUUUAAUUUUUGCUAGUGGUGAGAACAAUCAGUGACUGCAUACUUUGCAAGUAAGUGUCAUAUUUUACAUACAUGUGUAUAUCGUCCAAGCUGACAAUUGUGAAAUUGAACAUACACAUAAGUAACAGUUCAAGCAAAAGUGGAAACUACCUAAUGUAGCUGGUAGAUAAAUGAAUGUAGUGUCACAUAUAUAAUGCAGUUUAAAUGUUACUCCUCUUACAUGCCUGCUAUGUUCUAUAAAUCGUUAAAUAGCUAAUGGCAAAAUUAUGGGAAGUAAUGAAUAAAAAAAAAAUUAAGUUUUUGAAUAUAUUUAAGAUUCAGUGUAAAUUUAUGUAACGGGUAGUAACUUCCGUAAUAAUAGAAUAUCAAUAAUUAUAUAAAUUUCAAUCUCCCAGAAAUAUUAUAUGUAAAGUCUAGAAAUAUUUUAUGAAAUCCAAAUAAAAUUAAACCUCUUAGAAGCAUUAGUAUUUAAUUUUCAACUAAAUAGGAAAAUAAUUUAUCACAGUGUAAAUCAAAAUCAAUGUCAAUAUUAUGUCAAUAUUGUGCAGACUGACAUUUGUGUAUCCUGAAAUUUAGUGCUCCUCUUUAUUUACUUAGUUAGAAUUUGUAAGUAAACCUUUUAUACAUGAAUUUAUGUAUGUACUUAUUAUUGUACAAAAUUUAAUUAUAAGUGUUAUGUAAGUAAAUACACACCUGUGUUGUAAAUAUUAAAAAGAAAAUACAGUUAUUUUUA